AUGCUGUCUCGUAUGCGCGACAUAGCCGCGGAGGCUUUGUCUACUGAUGGGCUAUACCAAGUACCUUUGCCUGGCACCGUUUUCAGCAUUCUUCUCGCUAUUUUGUCAUUGACCUUAUUAUCAGCGUUUUUCGCAACACGUUUCAACGCAAUCACAUCGUGGAGAAGAUUACCACUUGUCAGCUGGCUUAUUUUUGCCAUUUACACAGACUCUUGGUUGUUUGUUGCCAUAGCGAGUGUGCUGCGAUGGGGCCCUGGAAUUAACUCGGACAAUGCGCUUUGCUCUUCCGCCAUCUUUCUAUGCCUAGCCUGCUACUUAUCAACGAAGAUUCUAAUCUACUUCUUCUUGGUGGAAAAAGCCUUUGUUGUAUGGGGUGGCAGAAAGUCGCGACUACAAUCCAAGUUGUACAUCUUCAACUCAUUUGUGAUGCUCAGUAUUUUUGCUAUCAUUGGGAUAUUUAACUUCAUCUACCGAAUCGAUUACAUCGAGAAUGGCAAGUGUGUCAUUGGCAUGCAACGCCCCGUAUUAAUCCCACUUGUCUCAUUCGAUCUUGCUGUCAACGUCUAUCUCACUAUCUUGUUUUUGAUUCCCCUUCGAAGCACAUAUUCUUUCAAUAUGGACAAGACUUCUGGAAAUGCAAAGCUUCGUGAUCUCGUCUUUCGAACUUUCAUUGGUGCUGUAACAUCAACAAUCACUUGCGCGUUAAACAUCAUUAUUAUGAUGGCUCUCAAUGGUGAGCCAGGUUGGGUGUGCUUGAUGUCAUGUAACAUCGAUCUCCUCUUCGACGCCAUUAUCGUCCAAUACGUUACCACGCGCGACAAUCAAGGUACACAGACGACCGUCUCUGAUAAGAAUAACUUGUCCGUUGCCGUCGAGCGGUCCGUCGUUGUACAUCGCAGCACGAACCGACACGACAGUGCCAUUGAUAAGAGUGCUAAGAGAAACAAUCUAACAGAGCUGGAGGAAGAGAUUGGAAUGUCCAACUUCGGAGCUGCGCCUGCGAGAAGCCCGCCGUCUGUCGAGAGAAUCAAGGCAGAUUACGCAAGCGACAGGAGCUCAUCAUCUGUGGAAGAUCUGGAAAUGGGAAACAGGACCAACGUAGCAGCUGCCAAGGAAUUUGAUUGGAGUCGUAAGUAA